AAACAAAACAACGAUAAUCAAAUAAAACCACCUUAACAAAUCGGAGGACCUAGGUUAAGGUUGCGGUGCUGGUGGUAGAGUUUAAAUUCGAAAGAGGAAGUUUGGAAGGUGUAAUGGCGAGGCGAGAACUUUCAAGCACGUUGAAGAACUUGAAGUUCAUGCAAAGAGCGUCUCUGAGGGAGGAGAAAACCAAGAAAGAAGAAGAGGUUAAACCUGAUGUCAGUUUUGGCGCAUCCACAGCGGUUGCUAGAAAGUGUGUGGUCAUAAUGGAAGGUGAUCCCCAUCCUGGAGCAUUUAAAGGUCGAAUGUCAUUUCAAAGUUUUAAUCCUUCUGUUGAUAAAUUAAACGAGGAAGAAGCAAGACUACGUCAACCAGCAGCUGAACCUACCAUAUCUAGAAAUCAAAAUACAAAUGUCUCUCUCAGAGGAAAUAGCUCUUCAGUAGAAGGUUCAGGAUGUGCAGAAGCAGACAAAAAGAGUUUGGAUGUCAAUGGCAAUGUUAAAAGGAAACAAUCUGAAGUAACUUGUGAAGCACAAUAUCCUAACAAAUCACCAAAAAAUGAUCACGAUGAUAAAAAAUCAUUGCCAAGCAAUAGUUUGGGCUCUUUCAAGAAACCUUCUGGAGAUAAGCUAGAUUGGAGUGUUCUUAGACCAUCUAGUGUCAAACAAAGUAGAUGAUUUUAUUGAUUAUUUAAUAGCAGACAAAUUAUGCUAGGUUUGGUUCUGUUUCAGGCCUUGGGCAUUUAUAUAGGUAGUCGUGGUUCUGUUGGGCUGUUCUUCCGUUGGUAUAAAGACCUUCACAAUUUCUUGUUAAGAUUCAGGAGUAACCAGAUUUAGUUUUCAAACUUUUAGAUUAAAGGGCUAAAACAAAAGCCUCGCGAGUGUUUUUUUGUAUCAUUAUAUAUUGUAUUUUAUGAAACUGUUCGUCUAUUGGAGAUUUGCUUUUAGCAGUUAUAUAUAUUAUGAUAUCAAAUUGUAACGUGGUUACAAUUGAAAUAUUAAUUCAUUU